AUGACUGUUGAUCCUUGCACCAGUGAUGGUUGCAUGAAGCGGCGCUCUGAUGCUGACCGUCGCAUCAAGACGUUGAGAAUUGGCGGCGAAUCAGACCAGCAGAGAAAGUUUAUAAAUUUUAGAAGUGACGAUAUACUGCAUAGCAAGAAUCCACGGAGAGGAACUUGCAAUGAUAUCCAGUCAUGGUGGGAGUUACCGAGUAUCGCACACUUCUGCUCACUCUUCAGAGCCGCUUUCGAUCUUCUUGAUUUUGACAUUGAGGAGUUAGAGGAGGCACUACUGACAGAUGGGUUGGAUGAUACAGGUAGCCCCCUGCUGGUGGAGCUGACAGUGCGCCUAGUGCAGGGCUGUCUCCCAGGCAAGACAGUCAAUGCUACAAACUACCAGAGCUACCUCAGGAAGCUCUUCAAACAUAAAUGUCAGGAGGAUCCGACGAGAGAAAAUUUAUUCAAAGAAGGUGAUCUCAGAUAUCUUCCUUUAAGAAGAAAGGUGGAAAUCCUUCAUGCCGUCUGUGACUUUAGAUUAGAAGCUGAGGAUGUUCUUGAUCUCCUAAAAAAUCUAGAAUCUGAUAGUUUACGGGUGGAGCCACUCGGGUAUGACGACAGCGGCUCUACUUAUUGGUAUUUUUAUGGCACCCGGCUCUACAGAGAAGACCACUCACUCUACCACCCACACAGACGGAAACCAAAGGAUAAAGACAAAGAAAAAGAAGAUAAGAGAAAAAAGAAGCGUAAGAAAAAAGGCCACAAGAAUGAGGAUAGUGAAGAGGAGGUUGAAGAACCAAAGUCAGUGUGGCAGGUUCAGUGUUUCUCAGAGGAGGACUGGAAUAAUCUAGCAGAGAAAUUUGAAAAUUGUGCUUCCAAGUUAGAACGCAGUUUACUGCAGACUCUUCGGGAGGAUUUUCUUCCUGAAAUUCCAAGACUCUUUCAGGAAAAAGAAAAGAUACAGAGGAAACGAAUGAUGGAAUUUGCCCCACGGAGAUCAUCGGGAAGAGUACAGAAACUGAAAGAGAAGAAAGAAGAGGAAGAGAAAAAAUUGGCCAUAGAAAUAGUUGAACAAGAGAAGAGAAGACAGCUGGAAGAAGAGAAGAAGAAGAAAAGAAAGGAAGAAGAGUCUGUUUCAGGAGAGAAGACAGAAAGAAAAAAGUCCAGAGAGGUGUUGAAAGAGGAGGUCGUCCAGGAGACAGAUUCACCGCCCAAGGUUAACAAAUCCCCUAGAGAAAGGAAGAGAAGUGAAAGCCACGAGAACAAAAGUAGAGAAAGACCAGAAGUUGAGGUGAUUGAGAUAAAUGACACCUCGGAGGUAGAGGAGGAAGAGGAGGAGGAGCUCAAGGAACCAAUAAAGAAAGUCAAAGAAGUCCGGGAAAAGAAAGCCAUGGACUACUCUCAGGAAGAAUCUCCACAGAAGAGAAGAGGGAGAAAACCGGGAAGAAAACCUGGUUCCAAAAAGCGCGUCGCCAAGGAGGAAGUGUCGGAUGAGGAGGAGGAGAGCUCUAAGCCUCAGGUAUAUAGUGGACGGAAAACAAACAAUUCUUUGUCAUCUGUGGCGUUUUCACUCAGUCCAGCAGCAGUUGUGCCUGAACCUAAUGUUACUGCUGUCAACACAGUCACUUCACCACCAACUAAGAAGAAAGUUAAAAGUGCUCAUAUGGUUCUUCAAACAGAGGAUGACCUUCGCACAGGAAUGUAUAAGGUCUUGGAACAUCUGCGAGAUCAUGAGGAUGCCUGGCCCUUCCAUGAUGCUGUAGAGGAGGAGUAUGCCCCAAACUAUUAUGCUGUUAUUAGAAGGCCUAUGCACAUCAGUCGGAUGGAAGAACGUCUCGAUGCUGGGUAUUACACUAACCUUGCCAUGUUUGAAGGUGACUUCAAACUCAUGAUGGACAAUUGCAAAUUGUAUAAUGGACCAGAGAGUGAAUACACACACAUGGCAUACAAUCUGGAGAAAGUGUUUGCAAAGCUCAAAGCCAAAUAUUUGGAGGCGGAUCUUUCCUCGGAUGAAGAGAUGUACAUAGACAUGAGCUACCAGCAGUCAGCCAAAAGAAAGAAAAGACGAAAUAACAGUGAUGAGAAAGAGAACACAAGAAUAGAUGGUGAGAAACUGUCACCGAAGAAGAGGGGACGCAAGAAGAAGAAAGUAGGAAGGAAGCCAAAAGAGAAACAUAUUAGUGAUGUAAUUAUCCCACCCAACAAGGAGAGGAAGAAGGGCAAGUUCGGCAGAGAAAAAGACAAAGAAAAGGAGAAGCCGAAGAAGGACAAACCAAAGAUUGAUCAGUAUGAGUUCCGAGAUGACGAUGAAGAGGAAGAUGAUGAUGAUGAUGAAGAUUUUGAUAUACCUCCACUGCUGGUGAGGGAAGACCCAUAUCCUGAGGAAGAUGAUGAUGAGGAGGAGGAGAUGGAAGACUAUGGACUAGAGACCAAAAAGCCUAUCCUAGAUCAUCCUCCAGAAGAAAAGGAAGAGGAGGAAGCAGGAGAGGGAGAGGAGGAGGAGGAGGAUGAGGAAGAGGAGGAAGAAGAUGAGGAAGAGGAAGUGAAACAAAAGAUGGUCAUUCCAGCUGUAAAGAAUAAGAUAGGAAGACCAAGAAAAGAAGACAUUAUUAAAAAGACUGUCCAUAAGGAUGCGAUAGGAAUAGAAAAGAAGGAAGAGAUUGAAGGUGAAGAUGUGGAUGAUGAUGAUGAUGAUGAUGAUAUAGAGCCAGAUGUUUGCAUGUAUUACAACAAUGAAGAUUACAGAAGUGAUGAAGAUAAUGACGAAGAAAAGAGUAAUGCAGACUACAUAAGUGAAAAACACAAUGAACUCUUUGGAGAGAUUGAUGACAUUGAGGAUGAUGAGGUGGUUGAAGAGGAGGAGGAAGAGGGAGAGGAUGGAGAGGAGGGAGGAGACAAGGCACAAGUGUCAGAGAAAGGGAAACACAAUCAUGUAGGGAAGCAGAACAAGAAAAAAGGUGGGAUUGGUAAAGACAAGGAAAAGAAGAAGCACAAACAUGGGGAGAAGCAUGACAAACACCACCACCACCACCACCAUCACCAUCAUCACCACCAUCACCAUCACAAGAGCAAAACAAAAGAUGGCAAACACCAUAAGAAAAAGAACAAGCAUGCAGGGGAAAAAGAUGGCAAAAAGAUCCUGAAGGUAGAGGAUGUGUAUGACUAUUCGGAUGAAGAAGAACGUGAACGUGAACGUGAACGGGAACGGGAACGGGAACGGGAACGUGAACGGGAACGUGAACGGGAACACGAUCGUGAUCUUGAUCUUGAUCUUGAUCUUGAACUUGAUCCUAAUCCUGAUCCUGAUCCUGAUCCUGAUCCUGAUCCUGAUCCUGAUCCUGAUCCUGAUCCUGAUCCUGAUCCUGAACCUGAUCCUGAACCUGAUCCUGAUCCUGAUCCUGAUCCUGAUCCUGAUCUUGAACACACAGAAGUGGCUGAGCCUGUGGAGGAGGUGGAGGAGGUGGAGGAGGCCCAGCCUGUUACCAAGACCAAAGAAGAGACCCCUGGCAAGAAGAAGAAGAAAGUAAAACACAGGGGGAAGCAUGAGAAGCAUGGGAAGCACCAUGAUAAACAAGAGAAACAUGAGAAGCACGAGAAGCACGAGAAGCACGAGAAGCACGAGAAGCACGAGAAGCACGAGAAGCACGAGAAGCACGAGAAGCAUGAGAAGCAUGAGAAGCACGAGAAGCACAAAGAAGGCAAGGUGAAAGAAGGUAAAAAAGAAGGAAAGAAGAAAAACAGUAAGAAGAAAAAGAUUACUGCUAAAAACAUGGCUGCUAUUAAUGCACUGUCCGAAGCUACUGAACAGACACUAAAGGAUAUAACGACAAUGCUGGAUGACCCAACAGUGCCACGCUUCAGUGAAUACUCUUCAGCCAGCAACUCUCCAUCUCGCAAGGUCACUGCUGAGGAAUUUGAAGCGAUUGCAUACAAAAUUGAAGCAGAGUACCGCAGAAAACUGAUGAUGGACGAACCGAAAGAAAAGGAGAAAAAGGCACAUAAGAAGAAGAAGAGGAAGAAUGGCAAUGGAGAGGAUGGUGAAGAAGAACCAAAGAAGAAGAAGAUAAAGAAGGAAAAGAAGGCAGAAAGUGAGAAAGAAAGCUUAGACAACACAAAAGAACUUUUCAAAGAUAUAAAAGAUGGAAGAAUAAAGCCUGGAGCCAUUAUUAAGUCUAAAGACAUUGCCAAGAAGGAGGGUGUUGUGAAGAAGGAGACAAAGAAUUCAUCAGAAGGAAAACCAAAAGCAAAGACUAAUCCCUUCGGCAAAAUAAACAAACAAGAAGAUUCAAAACUGACAACCCUCAUUGCCAAAGCCAAAGAGUCACGCAUAGGUCUAGUACCAAAUAGUGAGGUCGGGGACAGCCCAAAGCUCAGUUUAGGCAGUAUUAUUCGCUCAGGUGAUAUCGGCACAGGUAUGAAGUCUUCAAGAGAAGCCAACAGUGCCGAUGAGGAAGAGAAGUGGGAGACGAAAGAGAAAUGGGAUAGUCCAUGGGAGAACAGAUGGGAAAAGAUUCCAGAGAAGGAAGAGGCUCCAUCGGUGCGGGAGGAAGAGGAGAAAGAGGAGAUCCAAGAAGUGGAAGAGUUUCCCGAGAGAAUUAGUGAGGAGCCACCUCCAACUCCACGUGCACCAGAGAUCAAACAGGAGAGAGCCACCCCUAACUUGAGUGCUUGGUUCAAGGCCUUUGGCACACCUAAGCUGUCCUCAGCAGGCCCCAAGAAGAUGCCUGAAGACCAGGUCGAUGUGUGUGUGAGUCCAAAAGAGGCGGAAGAUACUGAGGUGAUCAAUGUUGAUGACAUGUCAGAGGUGGAGGAGAGUGAGGUAGGGAUGCUGGAACGGCCACCACCUUCACCACUGCCCCCGCCCAGCCCUGAGCCACCUGUGUCCCCAGAGCCUCCCCUGUCACCUGAGAAGCCUCCCGAGACCCCCUGGUAUGAAAAGCUGGACGAGAAGCUAGAGGAUGAGCCAAUAUGGAAGAAGAUGAAGAUGGGAGAGCGACAAUAUACGAUACAGGACGGCAAUAUGCCUGAUGAGGAGGAUGACCCUUACAAGUUUGAAGAGGAAGAACUCGAUCGUGCUCGUGAAGAAGCCAAGAAGCUUGAGGUGGAGAGACAGCGGAAGGCCUCUGUUUCCUCAUCUGGGGUGUCUGACCGGUCGCCCCUCAACCACAGCUUUGACUCUGACCGCUCUCCUGCAGCCUUCUCUUCAGAAGGGGAGCGCUCGCCUAUGACUAGGUCUCCUCACACCCCAGGUUUUGGUGCCAAGCAGUUCUCGCCAGUACCAGAAAAGUCCCCGAGUGUGCCUGCAUACUCGCCUCGAUAUGAGAAUGCUCUCUCCAAACCAUUCCCUUCGUAUGAUCCAGAGAAGGCAAAGUAUCAGGCUAAUGGGGCCAUUACUGUUGGAUUUUACCAAGACAUGACUGAUAAACCUGCAGGGGACAGUACUGAAAAGCAGACAACUGAACCAAAACCAACAGAAUCACCAGUAUACAGUCCUACAGUGCCAUACAUGAGCUCCUUUUACUCUAGCAAGGCUGAUGCUAGCAAGAAACAAAAGUCCCCAGCUAGCUAUGCCAGUUUCUACAGUUCAUCAGAUACCACUCUGGAAAAAGCCAAGACUCCAAACUACUAUUCGGCUUCUGCUCCAGCCACGCCCACAGAUAAGCCGUCCCCAGCACCUUUGACAGCAACUGAGCCAGCAGAAAAGACCAAACCCCAGUAUAGUUACUAUUCUUAUGAUCCAACAAAGCCCCUUACUGAUCAGUAUAAGAGCACUGGCUCAGUGCAGCCUACACAGCCUCAAAAGAAGCCCCCAGGCUACUACAACAGCCAUGAUGGCGUGAAAAAGCAGACUCCAACACUAUCACCAGCAGCCCCAACUGGUCCUCUGACUCCUACCUUGGCAUCCCCAGUGCAGGUUGGAUUAACUACACCUGCCCCAGCAAUUCAGGAAAAAUCAGAAAUGCAACCAUUGAAAAAGAGAGCAGCAUUAGACAAAGGUUGUCAAGAUUUUCAAAAUAGUUCCAGUGUGACGGCUGCAGCAGUCAGUCCAGUUGACAGCUCAGCAGCUCAAUGGGCAGGUCGUAAAUCUGCAGAAGAUAGUCCAGUGGCUCGAAAUACAGCACCUCCAAAUGUGACAGUUCCCUUUUCUCCUCAUCCCUCAGCACUGCCAGCCAAUCUUGCCAACUUAUCACAGAUUGUGUCACGCAUCACAGAGCCAGAAGCGAGUAGACCAGUUCCUGAUAAGGAGUUGUCCAAAUCACCAGCUGAACCUGCACGAGCACCUGCAGCAUUUCCCAAUCCUGAGCCUGCCAUUGGAAAAUCUUUGCCACCUACUCCAUUUGCUGUUGCAGGAGGGCAGACUCCAACACAGGUUCCAGUGUUAGACAUAGAGCGCAGUGGUAUAAGUGCUGUUAAUGAUUUGACAGACUUGCAGAGUUUGAAUCUGGCAAGUCGUGUUCAACCAGCAGAAUUGGCUCUGCAGAUUGAAGCUGACCCUAGAUUACAAGAUCGGUCAAUGCAGCCUAAUUAUCAUCAACAGAUCACAAGUCCUCAUAUGCAAACACAGCCUGGCUUGAGCUCUCCACAGCAGAUAACCAAACCCCCACAGACUCCACAGUCUCAAAUCCACACUCAUCCUCAGCCUCCUAUAGCACACCAAAAGCCUAGUGAAGGAAGUCGUCCUUCCAGUCGUGACUUGCCACCUGCUCAUGCCACCGAAAAAUCACAUAUGUAUCUCCAGCAAAAGAGUAUGUGGACUUCCAGUUUAGCAACUAGUUUGGCCAACAGUCUUGCCUCCAGUUUACCAUCAAGUAUGGUCACUAGUCUAGCAACUAGUUUAGGAUCGUCUUUGGCUACUACAUCAGUCAUUGCUUCGCUGCAGAAGAUGGGUUCAUUACAGAGUGAGCGCCUGACACAAGACAGAUUAACACAAGAGCGUUUAGCGCAACUAGACCGUGCAGCUUUAGCCUCACUGGCCAGUCGAACUGGACAGGCAAAUCUGUUUUCACAUGAACUUUUACCUCGUGGAUCAGUUGCUGCAAGUCAGACUCAGGUUGGUACUGGUCCAAGUAGUGGAAGUUCAUCAGGUGGUGGUAGCUCAUCAGGGACACCAGUGUCAGCAGGGCGGUCAGCCUCUGGCUCCAGUUCUGGUACAGGAGGAUCUACACCAGCAGCCACUGGUAAUAGUGUGGAGUUGGGUUUAAGUCGUUCCUACACCAAUAUGAUGACAGGCCAGUCAUCACCACUCUUUGGCCGAGGGGAAGGUGCUCUUACUCCUGGAUCUUUACCACGUCCACUCUCUGGUUCCUCAUCUCCAUUCCUGUCUCAAUCACCAGGGUUAAGUGCUGCUCUUGGUCUUCCUGGAGCUCCUCGCACUCCAACUCCAGCUCAUCAGCAGUCUCAUCAAAGUCUCUCUAGCCUCAGUCAGGGUAGUUUCCCAUCUCUUCCAAGAGACCCAAGGGACCCCAUUUCACAAUCCCAUCCAUCACUACAAAUUCCAAGUCUUAAUUCAAUAUCCUCAAGUCAAGCGCAGACCCUCAGUCAUCUCAAUGCGGCGAACUUGGCAUCCUACUCUGGAAGAGACUCCUUAGCGCUCAUGAACCAACAAAGCCGAGGCGCUUUAGCUGGUGGCUUAGUGGAUCCCACCUCUCAGCUUUACCAGCAGUACCUUCAGCAGAGACAAGAGGAACUAAUCUUAAGGUCUGCUGGAGCACACCCCUCACAUCUGGCUGCCCACCAGUCUAUGAUGAUACAGCAAGGCCUGAUGAGUGCGGCUGGUUUCUCCUCUGGCUACCCUCCUUCACUUGGCCUGAGACCAGGCUCGUACCAGGGCAUGAAUCGCCCAUGGCUCUAAUGAUGGAAUCCCACCUCACAACACAGGCGUCCCACUUUGGCUUGAAAACAGCCCAUCACUUUAUCUCUUCAUAUCUUUGGGUUUAAGUUACAACCAAUGUUUUUGUGGUUUGAUUUGAUUUUGUUUCUGAUGAAUGUGGCAAAGCAUUUUCAUAGUGCAGCAGCCAAGUGCAAUAGGUUAAGUUCUUUUCUGUUGUCUUAUAGAGAACUAUUUUUAUAUUUACUUAUAUCAGUAUUUAUAGACUAUUUUUUAUUUAUUUACAGUUUUGCAGGCAUUUUUUAAAGAUACAUGUACCCUGUCAAAGUUGUUUUGUUGUGAUUUAAACUUUAUGCAAAUAGAAGAGAAUGUUCGCUGCCAGUGAAAAAUUGAUUUAAACAUAACUUCUUAUGUGCCACUUGCUAUGCAGGCAGCUUUUCUUAUCACAAAACAGGGGGCUUAUUGUACAAAAUUGUCAUUUUAAACACUGAAUGACGAGAUGAAUAUUGAGGUUUAAAAGCAGCUCUAAAAUCUGUAUUGGACUAUACCAAACUACCUGGUGGGAUGAUGUGGUAGACAACAAAAAUUUCGCUCAUGAAAAUCUUGAUCCAGGAGGCAAUGUUGUCAGAUACUCAAUACAUUAUUAAUUUAGCCCUAUAAUGUACCUGAAAAGACCUGGAUAUGUGUUUUUAUGCCGACUUGCUUUGGUGUUGUGGACUAAAUUAUAAUGUGAUCAGUAUAUUGGAAAAGGUUCAGCGAAAGCCAGUGGAAGGCAUCCUUUGUUGGAUCUCAAUUGUCUACCCACUGGAGUGGCAGGUGUGGGGUGCAAGCCAACCAAGUACAAAACCUGCCUCAGGGUGAUUUCUCCCCCCCUGGUGGCCAACUAUUACUGUUAGCCUGAUGUUAUGGUGAUGCUAUGCAGACCUUGAAAAUAGGGAGCAUUUAGGAUGCUGUAUUUCAUUUUAAUCAAGAACAAUAUGUAAGAUGCAUAAUUAAGAUUAGUCUGCACUUUUGCUUACUUCUCAAGUAAUGAGAGUAUUAAUGUGUUUUGUACUUUGCAUAAUCCACAGGGAACUUGUGCUAGACUUUUUUUUUAAGGAGUACAUGUGUACUUUCCCACAUUUAAAAUUUUUCUCUUUUCAAAACUAACGUUUAUAUUUUUAAAUAUUUCCUUUUUGGGAUUUUAGGAAAUUUGAUUGCAAACAUCAUUGGACAGUUUCAGUCCCUUUGUUCGGAUAGGUUAAUGAAAAUCAAAUUUGUAGCAAGGUCAUUUUGGUCUGGUUGUCUCCAAGUACAGAUAUAACCAACACCCGCCGUCAUCUACUUGGUACAUCAUCAGUGCCAUCCAUCAUUCUGUAAAUUCUCAUACCCACUCUGUACAUUAGGUAUACCUCAUAAGCCAUUCAUCCCAUAGAAGACCAUCUCACCUACCAUACACAGCAGUUACACCAAUAUCCUUUUUUCCUGAAUUAAUCCAUUAUAACCCCUUGCCUCCUUAGGACUUAAGUAUUUAAAGUACUGUAUGAAGGUAAACCAAACUGAAACUCUUGACACUCAUAGGGAACUAAAGCAUUUCACCUUAAAACAUGGGAUGCAACCAACGUGCUGACUCAAAGGGUUAGUUCAUCCUUCCGAACAGAAAUUGAUCUCUUAACACUCCAAAGGUAGCCUUGAUUGCCUCAACUCCCCUUUCGCCUUCUGGAAUAGGGAAGGUCGACAACAAAAAGCCGAUGUGGUUUGUAAUUUUUUAUUGACGGUGAAUGUGUUUGUGUGCGUGUAUGUAUGUAUGUAUGUAUGUAUGUAUGUAUGUAUGUAUGUAUGUAUGUAUGUAUGUAUGUAUGUAUGUAUGUUUUGUUUGUUUGUUUGUUUGUUUGUUUGUGUACAGUAUGCAUGUCAGCAUGUUUUGUGUGUGGAAAGAAUUGUCUACCACAAUGUCAGAAUAUCAGUGUUUCAGUGUUAGUAUUGCGGCCUGUUAGUACCAUUGCCUGUGUACACCAGAUUGUUAGUACUGCAGAUUGUUGGUGCAAAUUAUUGGCAAAAAACUUCUUCCUGACUUCACUUCCUUUCUUUGUCAUGAAUGCAGUAUUGUUUACUGGACUAAUAGUUAAAUUUUAUACGAAGCAUACCAGCCACUUUGGUUUUGGUAUAGUUUCUUUUGAAUAAACAAGGUUUUUUAAAGCAUUUUAUUCUCUAUUUGGUAGCCAUAUGUAUAACAGACAAAUGCAUCCUCAUUCACUCAGUCAAUCAUCACACUCACUUGUCAAGAAUGAGUAAGCAUUGUUUUUAUUUGUAUAAAUUACUUCUUUUAUUUGAUAUACACAUGUACCACAAACUUUCUAUCAACCUGUAUGUACCCCAGACUUGUGUACUAAAAGUGUAUCCCACCGGGCGGAGUGUAUAGCUGCAGCAUGGGGUGUACAUAGCCUAUUUUUGAACUAUGUGUACAAAUUCGUGAAACUGUGUAUAUAAUAUGUAUAUAUAUGACAAAUAAGAAAUAAAUGCUGUUUAUAUA